AUGGUAGUGGAUACAGAUACAUUUUAUGGGAAAAGAAAAGAAAACACGAAAUCUAUACUUGAAAUAAAUGUAGAAAAAUACAACAUAUUAAAAAGGUUAAAAAAAUUCGAGAAAUUUAAUUCUCUGGGGGUAAGAAAAAGAUUCUUUUAUAAGCAACAUGAGGCACUUUCAUAUUACACGGAUUUGAUGGAAGCAGAAGUGGGAAAAGGUAAAAAUGAAUGCACACAAAUUGAAAAAAAGGAAGAGAUAGAAACGUAUCGAAGUCAAGGAGCACAUUCUCAUCAUAGAAAUGGAAUAAUUAUUUAUACUGAAGAGAUGGAAAACGGCAAGAGGUGCUUCAUCUUGGACACCUUUUACAACUUUAUGAAAUUUUAUUCCUUUUAUGCCUUGUCAUUGCAAGAUAUAUACUUUUAUAAUGGUGAGAAAAUUAGCAAAAAGGGAAAUUUUAAAGGAGAAGAAGGAGAAGAAGGAGAAGAAGAAGAAACAUACAAAUCUCAUACAAAUGAACAAGAAAUGCAUCUUUACGAACUCAUAAUGACAAAUGAAAAACGAUGGCUCUUUUUUGAUUUAGAAUAUGAUGUAUUAAAGAAUGACGAAAAUAAGGAUUGCAUACUGUUCAUAUUUCUUAUCGAAUUAUGCUUAUUUGUAUACUCCAAUUUUGACAUAAAAAUUUGCCUGAACGAUGUCAUAAUUUUAGAUAGUUCCACAUGUGAAAAAAUAUCAUUUCAUGUAAUUGUAAAAAAUAUCCAUUCACUUGAUUAUAAUUAUGAUUAUUAUGAAUAUUUAGUAGACUAUUGUCAUUUUUUUUUAAAUUGUAAAAACACGUCAGAUUAUUAUUUUUAUGAAAAGUACAAACAAAAACAAAUUAGACUCAAUUCGAAAACAUAUAAAAAAAUUCUACUACUUUUUGAUAAUGAAAAUUGCAUAAAAUAUUUUGUUGAUAUGUUCAUAAAUCACAUAGUGCAAGCUGUACAAGAAACGGAAAAUGCAUACCUAAUCAAUUUGACAACUGUUUAUAUAGAAUGUGAAAAAGGUCAAAAUUUUCAUAAUAAUGAUAUUUCCAAUUCGUGUUCUUCUUAUCAUACAGAAAUGGGAAACCGGACAUGUGUAAGCAAUUAUAACAAGCACAUUGGAUCCCUAAUUUUGUCUCCCACAAACAGGAAUCAACAAAUAAAUACUUUUCUCGAUCCCAUGAAACAGAAUAAACAAAAUGAAUGUUCUCUCGAGAGAAAUAAUCUUCUAGACAUGAUAAACGAUUUCACUGAGAUAGAAGAUUUUGUAAAAGCCAUUGGAGGAGGAGAAGAAGAAGUUGGAGGUGGAGGACAUACAUUUACCAAUGAAGAAAACAAACGUUUUAACAACCAAGAUACAUCUUAUGUAGAAGAAAGAAAAAAAUCAAGAGGUUUAAAAAGAGAGAGAAAAAAAGAAAGUGCAUAUUUUACCCUUUACAAUAAAACCCUGAAAGAUGUAGUAUCCAAUUAUAUUAACAUGUUGAAGAACAAAAAAGAAGGCGACAAUUGUGAGAUCACAAAAUAUGAUAAUUAUCUUAUUCUGCUAUAUGCAAAGAAAAGAGAUGCAAAUGGAGAACAUUCAACCCAGUUGUGUAACCUUCACAUGGACAUGCAGAACAACGAAGUAAAUUCAAAAUAUAACAUUCCACUUGCGGAUGAUAUAAGGGAUUGCACACCUUUACGCAAUGAAGACAAUGUUUCUAAUAUUUUCCGAAAUUAUGAUGAGUUUUUUCUAAUGAAUAAAGAAAAAAAUUCUCAUGAAGAAAAAAAUCCUUACGAAGAAAAAACUCAUGAAAAAGAAAUGGUUUUGUUAAAAUGCAUUGUUGACAAUUCUGUAUAUAGCAGAAAUAGGAAUUUUCGAAUGAUAUUUUCAAGCAAAAAAAAAAAAAAUAAUAAGUUAUUACUUAGCAAGUAUAAUGUGAAGAAACAUUACAAAAGUGAUGUAGACAAUUUGAUAUUAAAAAGUUUAGUUACCUUUUAUCUAAAUGAAGAUACAAAUUGUCAAAUAGAAGAAGAUUUAAUUUUUAAAAAUGAAAAAAUUAAAAAAAAAUAUGGAGAAAAUUUUUCUAUUUCCCAUGCUGCACUUUCACACACACGAAAUGUUAUUUCAAAAAGGCAGCGUAAUGGAGCAACUACAACUAUUAUACAACAACAUGCACAUACAAAUAUUAAUCUAGAUAAUAUAAAUUAUGAUCAUAUUCAUAAUAUUUUGAAAAUUAUUAUUUUUUGGAAUUUUGAAUUAUACAAAAAUUUUAAAAAAAAUAAAAUAUACGUAACCAAAUUUCAAAAUGAAAUAAGCAAAGAAUAUUUUUAUAGAAUUGUUUCUAUCCAUAAUAAGCUCCAUUACCACCACCUCUACACUCAUAGGAAUAAUGAAUAUAAAAGUAUCAUUUCAGAUGAAAGCCCUGAAUUUAAAAAUUCUAACACCACGCAGAAGGAAAAAUUUGUAACAGUAAAUGAAAAAAAUAAUACAAACACUGAUCAGAAUAAUAAUGACAUCCAAAAAAUAAGUCCACAGAAUGGUAUAAUCUCGUUUCAGACAUAUGAUAAUUUAGACAUUUAUGAUAAUUUGUUUUUAAAAAAUGAGGAAUUUUACUUAUACGUCUUGGAUGAAUAUAAAAAGCACAUAAAAAUAAAAAAAGAAGAAAAUCAUCUCCUUUUUCUAAUAAAAUAUUUUAUAUAUUCCAUAACACAGAAUUCUGAGGAAUAUAUAAUUUAUUUCAGAGAUAAUAAAUACUGUAAAAAUAAAAACCUAUCACACAAAUCGAAUCAUAUAUAUAUAGUUUUUAAUUAUCAAAAAAAUUUGUUCGUUCAAAAAUGUCAUGACAAUGAAUGUUCUCACUUUGUAUCCGAAAUUUAUUACCUUUAG